AUGGCAGCCACAUCUCUCCACGUUCGAUCCAACAGCUUGCCAUCGAGGCCACACCCUCUAGUUUCAGAAGUUGAAGACAACAUCAGCAGAUUGAGAAGCUCACAAUCUGCCUCUUCAUCUUCGUCUUCAGUAUCCAACAAGCUGAGAAGCCUGCAGGAUUUACAAGACUGUGUUGAGAAGCUGUUGGCCCUGCCACUUAACCAACAAGCCUUGGUCCAGGACCAGAAGUUCCUGAACCAGAUGUUGGAUGGAUCCCUGAGGCUUCUGGACUUCUGCAACACAACCAAGGAUGCCUUGUCUCUGAUGAAGGAAUCUGUGUUUGAACUUCAAUCAGUUCUUCGGAGAAGGGUACAAGGCGGUCUACAUCUUAAUGAUGUGAAGCAAUACAUAACCUGCAGGAAGACUGUCAAGAAGGCCAUCCAGAAAGCCUUGAAGAAUCUAAAGGGAGUUGAGUGUAGCAGCAUCGAGAGUCCUGAGAUCGUUUCGGUGUUGAGAGAUGUUGAAGCCAUUACUCGCGACGUGUUUGAGUCAUUGGCGUCAUUCAUCUCUCAACAAAGAAGGCCAAGUGGAUGGUCAUUGGUUUCCAAACUGAUGCAUCAGAGGAAGGUGGCCAAUGAGCAAGAAGAAGAAGAGAAGAAGAUAAAUGAAUUCGCUUUGGUGGAUGCCUCACUGGAAGGUAUCUUGGGAAGCAAGACAAACAAGUAUGAGAAAGUUCAGAGCGAUCUGAAGGAUCUGGAGAUGUGCAUUGAAGAUCUUGAAGAAGGAACUGAGUGCCUCUAUAGAAGGAUGAUCAAAACUAGAGUCACCCUUCUUAACAUCUUCAACUAG